AUGGAGGGUGGACCAUCGGAUUGGAAGCCGAUAUGCGUGGCUUCGACUCAAGAAGAGAGGAAACAAAAUCCAGAGGUUGACACAGUCUCAUCUGUCAAUCAGAACCAGCGCAGGCCAGGACAGCACGGUGAGCAACAGGACAAGAGUCAUCCAGACCUCAACUACUUCAAAAGCGUAGAAUGGACACCAGAUGGCACUACUCUGCUGACUGACUCGGCAGACCAUCAUAUCAGAACCUUCAUACUACCUCCAGACCUCUUAGAAGAAAGACCGUCACCACAUCGACUGUCUCCAUACUCAACUCUUCCCUCGGCAGAACCAACGUAUGCCACCGCCAUAUAUCCUUUCUACUCCCUGCAGGACCCAUCUACCACCAUCUUUUUGUCUUCAGUUCGAGACCAUCCCAUCAGACUCACAUCUGCUCUUGCACCAACUUCAUUGGCAUCCUAUUCAUUGGUAAACCCAACGACAGAGGCUUUCACAACGCCGCAUUCUAUGGUAUAUCCGGAUACGCUUGGAGGAACCCACUUUCUCACUGGAUCGGAUAGUCUUAUAUGUCUUUUUGACGUUUCUCGCCCUGGUAAAGACGGUCCCGUUUCCUGGAUGCCUACAAUACCAAGUAAGCGUAAGCAGAUUGUGGGUGGAGGCAUUGGGAUGAAGGGAAUCAUAUCUGCUAUGGCUGUCAACCCAACUGGAGAUGGUAUCCUGGCUGCCGGAACUUUCACGAGGCAGGUCGGGCUUUACGGAUCGAACGGAGCUGGAGAACUUCUAGGAACAUUUAGCACCGCAAAGACUGAUGCCAACCGCCAUAUUGGCGGUAGAGGAGUUACUCAACUGCUUUGGAGUCCAUGUGGACGGUACCUGUACAUUGCUGAGCGCAAGAGUGACGGUGUGUUGGUAUACGAUAUUCGAGUGACUGGGCAGCUGCUAGGAUGGUUGCAGGGUCGCAAGGCGCUCACAAACCAGCGCAUGAAGAUUGAUGCGGUACCGUCUGGUGAAGGCGAUUCUCACGAAAUUUGGGCAGGAGGAGUUGACGGCGUCAUGAGGGUUUGGCGGAAUCCCACUCUCACUGCUGGUGCACAGAAUUCUGACUGGGAAUGGAAAGUCCACGAUGACUCCGUUACCAGCACUGUUCUCCAUCCAAUGGGAAGUGUCGCAGCCACUUGUUCUGGCCAAAGGCAUAAUCUGGAAGAUGUUGCCCAUGGUGACCAAACCGACUUGCUUUCGGCAUCGAAUAUCGAUAAUAGUUUGAAGGUGUGGUCUAUGCCAUUUCUCGAUACUAACCUCGAAGGCUAG